ACUCGAGGCACCCGAGGUGGCGAGGUACCCGAGUGGAGGUACCCAACUAGCUGAAACGGCUGAGUUUGCUGGUCGAGGCGUGGGGUGUGCUGAGGUACCGUUUGAGGUCAGGUUCUGUUUUCUAACAUGGAUUCCAAGGAGGUGAAACAGGCACUGAAGGAGGCCAGGGAGGCAAUACGACAGAAAGACUUCAAAGCUGCUCUGAGGCACUGCAAGGCUGCUCUGAAACUCGACAAAGAAUGCUACAUGGCCUGGGUGUUCGUGGGCGCUGCGGCACAGGAAAUUGACCAGCUGGAGCAAUCGGUUGCCGCAUUCAGCAAGGCCGCCGCCAUUGCGCCCGACCAGAUCUUGGCGUGGCAGGGACUGUGUGCCCUCUAUGAAAAGCAUCAGAGUCUGGGCAGCUUUGAGAAUGACCGCCACAAUGUCUACUUGAAGUUGAUCGAACUGACACAAAACGAUACUGCAAAGCAGGUCGAAAUGGCUGAAAAGCUGACCGGCUAUUACAGGAACCUUGGGAAGACCACCGAGUACAUAAGCACCCUAGAUUGUUGCAUAAAGCUGAUUCCAGCCUGCAAAGAAGCGCUGCCACUAUGGCAGACACUUCUGGAUUCCAGCAAGGAAAAAAUCGCAAGUUAUCCGAAAGAGCACCAAGACCUUUUACUCGGGGCUUACGAGCAGCUCACAUUUUUAUCGGAGGUGGAGCUGCCGCGCCGGGAAGCACUUUGCCGUCUCUACAUUGAUGCACUGCUCCAGGUCGGUCAGAGGAACAAGGUUACUAAGGAAGUGAAGCGGUUUGGAGAAUCCUUUGCAGAGUCCAUUGUUCCGCUGGAGGUCUUGUGCGGCAUGUAUGUCGACAGCAGCCUCUCAGGUUGGGGAGAUCCAGCUCCGUCUAACGACCUCAAUGCCAUCUGUGAAAUGACGAGCAAGCGACCCAACCUUCCGGUUGGCUGGCUGGCCCGUGCCACUCAUCUGCAUGCCACCGGUGACCACGAAAAGGCUCUUGAGGCUCUCUCAAAAGUUGCUGAAAUCGGUCGUGCAUCAAGGGAGGCUCAUCUACUCCUAUCACUAUGCAACCUUAGCCUCAACAGAUUCCGUCAAGCAGAAGUCCAUGCCCGCAACGGACUGGCUUGUACUGGCGAUGCAGACGGAUGGAUAUCGCAGAAACUACUUCUGUGCCUUGCCAAGUCUUUGUGUGGACAGCUCUGCCACGAGGAAGCUGCGGAUGCCUUGGGCCAGUUACCGGAGGAAUGUGCCAAGGAGACCCCUGUACUCUGGUGUACUUUUCAAGUAUCGCUGCAUUCAGGCAACCUGGACAGAGCUCAGGAAGUGCUUCGAGAACUGGAAACUCGUCUUGGAAAUGACCCCAAGAUUCAGGAAGCUCGCGUUGCAUUACUUAUUCGGCGUGAAGACUUGGCAGAAGCGGAACGCAUCUUGAAAGAACAGAAGCUCGAUUCCCCAGAAGCAAUGCACCUGAGAGCCCUGAUCCAGUGGAAGCUCGGUCAGCGAGACGAAUCCGUGCAAAACUUCCUCGAGGCAGCUCGGUUGGACCCGAAGGACCACCGCAACUUUUUGUUUCUUGGCAAGAACUACCUCCUCCAUGUUAAGGACAAAGAGAAGGCACUGAGAUGUUUUCAACGGGCUUUCCAACUGAACAUGACAAGCGUGGAAGCCGGUUCUUUGCUCAGCGAUGUCCUUUGUGACCUGGGACAGCAGGAGCAAAAUGCCCGGUUCUUAGAAGCCAUCACCAGCCAACUUCCUGUACGAAGGGCGAAGUGGGCGUGGCUGCGGCUAGGUGUCCUGCAGUUGAGUUGUGGUUCGGCGGCAGAAGCAGUACAGUCCCUCCAGAACGCCCUCCGUGGUGAUCCUAAUGACAGAUGUUGUUGGGAGUGCCUAGGAGAAGCCUACCUUCAGCGGGAAAGUCUGGGUGCUGCGCUGCUCUGCUUCAAAAAGUGCCUAGAAGCAAAUCCGCAGGAUCUCUUUGCACUCUAUCAGACGGCAACCAUCAAGGGCCGCCAGGGGCAGCACAAAGACGCCGCGGCAGAUUUCGCAUCUGUGCUCCGAGUUGAUCCUGACUAUGUUCCCGCUUUGAAAGGACUCGCCGAGGCUCAUCUGGCGUUGGCACGCCAGUGUUUGGAACAGGGACUCUGCGGUUUGGGACUCGAUCACUGCCAGGCUGCCGUGGAUGCAGCGGCAAGGGCCGUUGCUCUGCGAGGACAGCUGGUCUGUCUCUGGAAACUGUUGGCAGACACCUGUGUGCUGCCCUCCCUCCUGGGUGUUGCCUGGGCAACGCUUCGUCUCCCAGACUCGCAGCUGGACGGCGUCUCACGGGACGAAUCCCCCGGACGGCUUCUGAGGGCUGCGCAGAGAUUCUACACGAAGGCACUAGGGCUCAAGCCACGGCUGGCCUCCUUGUGGCACGACCUGGGCAUAUCGCUGUGGCUGGAGGCACGUGUGACAAAAAGUGGCUUUGGCAGGGCUCUGGCUAGCCUUCGCAAUGCGAUCAAGCUCAGCCCCCAACAGCACACUUACUGGAACAGCCUCGGCGUGGCUGCCGCGUCUGCUGGAUUAGAAAACUAUUCACUGGCUCAGCACUGCUUCAUCAAGUCCGUGGAGAUAGAGAGCGAUAACCCUUUGGCUUGGACCAACCUGGGUGCCUUGUAUCUCCUUGCCGGAAAUGUCCAGCUCUCUCAUCGGGCAUUUGCCAAAGCUCAAUCACUGGAACCGACGGCGCAACAGCCUUGGGUCGGGCAAGGCCUUGUCGCCGAGAAAGUGCGCCAUCAUGACACUGCGGAUUUGUUUCGGCACUGCACCUCACUGGGGAAUCAUGAUCAAGCAGCCUGUGGCUACGCUCGCUGCUUGUUCGGAACACCGAAGCUCCUUUCUGUUGGCAUUUCGAAGACGAACGUUCGAGAGACUCUACUUGUCGCCUCGGAUGCCCUUUCGAGGGUAGUGGAUCUACAGGGCGGAUCAAAGGCUGAUGCGCUCAACUCGCUCGGAAUUUUGCUGGAGCGGCAAGGGCUGCUCCGGAGUGCAAGGGAUUCUUACAGCAGGGCAUUGAAUGCAAGUGAACAACCUAGGAAGAAUGCGGAAGAUGUCCGUGUCAACUUGGUUAGGGUUCUCUGUCGGCUCGGAGAGUAUGACAGGGCCCUACAGCUUCUGUCGGAGCUUGAAUCCAGAACUGGAGAUGUCCUCUGUCUGCUGGGUUUUGCCCACAGCGGGGUCAAUGAGACAGCAGCAGCGCUGCAAGCUUAUGAGGAAGCUCUUGCUUGUACGACUGAAGAGCAAAAGGCCAGCGUUGCGUUAGCCAUGGCCAUGGUCACCUUGAAAGAUAGCGGAGCCUUGGCAGCCAGGGAUUUGCUACUAAGCAGGCUGAGUUCCCAGGAUGCCUGGUCCCAAGAGGCGCUGGAGGCUCUGUUCUGUCUCGGGCUCCUCACAUCGGACAAGGCUGCUUGCCACGAAGCACUCUCCAGGCUUCUGCCCUCCCCAGGCAAUAGUGUGUCAUUCACCGGAAGGAUUGUAGCCCUGCUGUGCUGCCAGCACCUGCUCGAGGGUGGUGACAAGCGGGGUGCCACUCGUUUUCUGAGCCGUGCCGUCCACCGCGAUCCUGCGAGCGGGUCGCUAUGGUCGGCUCUUGCGCAGGCGUUGCUCUCUGCGCGUAUGCGGAGCGCGGUCCCUUGCUCCCAGGCAGCCCUGGCUCUGGGAGAGAGGUCGCCCCGGCUGCUGGCAACCCUGACGCUCGCGAGGCUACUUCAGGGACACACGAAGGAAGCCCUGCGCUCUGCACAGAAGUUGCUUUUCCUGUACCCCGAUUCCCUUCCUGGCUGGGUGCUCCUGGGAGUGGCCCUGAGCGGUUGCCGUGGCUCGUCGUGCGACAAGGCACUGCAGCAAGACCGCUUCCUGCUGGGUGCAGACGCACACUGGAAGCUGUGGUCUUCCCUGGUGCAAGUGCAGUAUGCCUGCGCACGCCAGCAGUGGCAGCACGCUGCUCAGCUCGUGCCUUUGGUGCUCUGGGGCUAUGCUGGCAAUCCCGAUGUGGCCAAGUUACUCAGGGUCAUUCAAGAGGUCUGUGAAACCUUGGCUGGUGGCACACGCCUCGACAAAAUGUCUCUGGAUUCCGUGAAGGGUGCUGUCUGCAACGAGCAGACAACUGCAAGUUGGUUGCUCCUGUCAAAGCUACAGCAGCAAGCUGGCGAUUUUGAUGGUGCCCUAGAGUCUGUGAAAAAGGCACAAGAACUCGAGGGUGAAGGCGCCAAGACACUUCAACUGCUGCUACGUCAGGCCUUGCUGGCUUUACACUUAGCCAAGGCAAGUGCUGUGAACGCCACUUUUCCGACGGUCUGCUCAAACCGUCGGGACGAGCUUCUGCAAGUUUCAAUGGGGGCGCUCGGCGCAGCCCUCAGGCUGAACCCCAAGUGCAGGACGGGCCACUUGCUGCUCGGAAUCUGGGCGCUCGAAAGUGACAAGGAACGGCUAGCCAAGAAAAGCCUGGAGAGGGUCACCAGGUUCAGCGGCUACGAGAGCUUGUGGCCCUGGGGCCUUGCUGCGAGGAUCCUGCUGCCUGGCUAUUUGGAAGCGAACGACACAGCCAGGCUUGAGAAGCUUCUACAAGCCGACAAAGUCAGCGAGACAUCUUUGGGCCUCAAUGAAGAGCAGAUGUUGCAAUUGAUCUCCAUGGGCUUUAUUAUUGAUGGUUUGCAAUGAAAAAAAAAAAAAGUGUUCAGCCUCAAUAAAAUACACUCUUCUUUUCUCUUACUGCCACCAAGAGUAAACUGCAA